CCCCUGAACCAAGCGAUGGCAGCACAAACCAUGGCUUGCCUUCCAUAUUCAUGCACGGUGCUCACCACCAAUUCCCGCCCCUCUUCUAAGCCUUUCUCCCCUAAGCCAUCCCAGCUUCUGACUGAUUCUAGGCGCAGCCACCGCUUUCAGGUCUCGUGCAAUGGUGGCAUAAACCAAAAUCCCUCAGCUGAUGGAACGGUUGAUCGUAGAAACCUGCUUCUUGGCUUGGGAGGUCUAUAUGGCGCAGCCAACCUCGUUUCGGAUUCCCAAGCUUAUGCGGCUCCUAUAGAGCCUCCCGAGUUCAAGAACUGCGGUGUGGCCCGUGAUGUACAAACCAACGAUAUUCUUGACGUCAAUUGUUGCCCACCAGUCACUGACAAGAUCAUAGAUUAUAAGCUUCCGCCGGUUACCAAUUGGAGGAUUAGGCCAGCUGCUCACAGAGUGUCCAAAGAAUACUUAGCCAAGUUCGAGGAAGCUAUUAGGCGCAUGAAGGCGCUCGACAAGGAUGAUCCCACGGAUCCUCGUGGUUUCAUGCAGCAAGCCAACAUCCAUUGUGCUUACUGCAAUGGCGCCCACGAUCAAGUUGGAUUCAAGGAUCUUGACCUGCAGGUCCACAAUUCUUGGCUCUUCUUUCCCUUCCACAGAUGGUACCUGUAUUUCUACGAGAGAAUUCUUGGGAAAUUGAUAGAUGACCCAACUUUUUGUUUGCCAUUUUGGAACUGGGACAACCCAAAGGGGAUGCAAAUGCCUAGGAUCUUUGAUAAAACGGGGUCACCGCUCUACAACGUAAACCGCGAUAAGACCCAUCGACCUCCGGCUCUAAUCGAUCUUAGCUUAUCCAAUAUUAGCGACGAUCUACAGGUGGUGGUGAACAACCUAACUGUCAUGUACAGUGAAAUGAUUCGCAGUGUCAACUCCACUCUGGACUUCAUGGGGAAGCCAUACAGAAAGGGUGACAAUCCAAGCCCCGGCAUGGGGUCAUCAGAGCGUGGCUCUCACGUUGCGGCCCAUGUGUGGGUUGGAGACCCCAACAACAGAUACCGUGAAGACAUGGGAAAUUUCUAUUCUGCCGGAAGGGACAUAUUGUUCUAUAGCCACCACGCCAAUGUCGACAGGAUGUGGUCGAUUUGGCGAACUCUGAAAACCGACGUGCCAAAGGACAUUACUGAUCCAGAUUACUUGAACGCUGCAUUUUUGUUCUACGAUGAAAAUAAGCAGCUCGUACGUGUAAGAGUUGCCGAUUGCAUAGACCAUAAGAAAAUGGGAUACGACUUCGAAAAGGUGGAUAUUCCAUGGUUGAACUACAGGCCACCGAAGAAGGCGGCCAAAACCAAAAUUCAGAACAUCUCGUCAGGUGCUCAGAAGGCAGAAGGUCUGUUCCCUCUCAAUCUGAAAAAGAUCACCAGGGUUUUGGUUCCCAAGUCCGCCAAGGGCAAAGCCGACGAGGUGCUGGUGUUGGAAAAUAUAGAAACAGACGCAACGCAAUACAUAAAGUUCGACGUGUUCGUGAACGACGAAGAUGACAAUGCCAAGGAGCUGGACAAGGCCGAGUACGCAGGAACCUUCGCCCAGGUACCGCACAAGACUAAGAGUAAGAAGGACAUAUCCAACAUCAACCUGAGAUUGACCGAGCUGUAUGAAGACAUCGAUAUCGAUGAUGAUGAUACCAUAGUGGUGACCCUCGUUCCAAGAUCCAAUGGUGAUGACGUGACCAUUGGUGGCAUCAAGAUCAUUCCAUCACCUCCCAAAUCAGCGUGAAAGGUGACCUUCAACCAAAGGAUUUCUGGUCUUUUGAAACUUUUGUCGAGCAGUUGGUGGAAGCCAGGUUUCCUGUCUCCACUCAACGAAUUCAGAACUUCAAUUACUUGUGCCAAUAAGCAGUGAAUCAUGUGUUCUUCUAUGGUUGUCUGCUCUGUACCUUAUCUUGACUACACGAUGUAUGAAUAUGUUUGUAAUCCAAUAAAAAUGCGUUCUGCACCUUCCCUAA